GAAGGGAACUCAAACUCAUCGUCGAAUUGCAGUGAAUUGAACCAAAGAAUACUUUGUUGUGGCGACUCCCUCAUCCCUCAUCCCCACAUAAAUGCUGCAGGCUGGCCAUGAUGUCUUGGCCAAAACAAUGGGGCUUCGCUAGCCUCUGGCUGCCGCUGCUGCUGCUUGGCCUGCUCUGCACCCAAGAUGUAUCCACUUUCAUUGUGCCAAGGGAACUGCCCUCCAUACUGUCCAUAGUUUACUCCAACAUACCGCCGAUCAAGAAGGGAACGGAUUCCCGCUUGGGCUUUGGCUUUCGCCUGGGCGAGCAUGCCGACUUCCAGGUGAUGGUGGAACUGGGUCCCCAGAAGGAGACCCGACCCAUUGGUGAGCCCAGCCAGGAUGAUCAGUCGUUCAAUAAGCGCCAGGUGAGCUCCAGCGAUCAGAAGGCCCUGCUGCGACAGCUCUACCGCCAGCAGGUGAAAAAGGAGGCCGAGAUGUUAAUGACCUCCACGGAAAGGAAUGCGGCCAGCUGGCUGGAGACCUGGUCCAAUGGCAUGAAACCGCAAAAGCCGCAGAGGCCGAAGGAUAAGGCCAAGAGUCGUCCGGUAAAAGAAAGUCCAACGCCGCAGCUGCAAGAUCCCGCCAGCGCCAUGCAGCAGCUGCAGUUGCUCUACAAGAUGGCCACCAGCAGUACCAGCACCACCACUGCUCCUCCUUCUACUCCAGCUCCUGCUCCUGCUCCUACCUUCACUGGAGGCUCCCUUAACCUGGGCUUUAAGCUGCCGCCUCCUGCUCUCAGCCAGGACACCAACACGUUGAGCAGCAUCAAUUCUGAGCCAGUGAAGAGUCCAAGUGAGAUUACCAGGGAGCUAAUGGAUGUCAGUCUGGAGGAUACUUAGGUUGUGCAACUAACUCUAGUUAUUAAUUAAUCACUAAAUAUACACACUAGAGUGUGUGUGUAUGGGUGCUUAGCAAAUCUG